ACCCGGCCCUUCUGGCUGCACCUCCGCCGUCACAGCAGCACCACACCACGCCGGCCUCGGAUGGAGUGGAUUAGGUGGCGCUCAUGGGGGCUCUCCACAACCUGACGCUGCAGAACUCCACCAACGGGUGGAUCGCGGAUUCAAGGCUUCUUCUCACAUUACCUCAGACCCAGGAUUCCAUCACCAAGGUGGCGCUGCACCGAUGCAACAGUAGCAGCGAGCUCUACCCCAUCUUCGCCAACAACGCUUCGAGUGACGCUGUCGUUUCCUUCACCGCCACCGUCUCCUGGCUCAUGGAUCUGUGGCAUCGCCGACUCGGCCACCCCGGCGCCCAUACUUUUUCCAAUAAAGGGUUUUCUUCAUGUAAUAAAACUCUGCUUGUGGACCACUUUGUCAUGCCUGCCAGUUGGGCAAGCAUGUUCGUUUGCCUUUUUAUCCAUCACGUAGCUCUACUAGUGCUGCUUUCGAAAUAAUGCAUUGUGAUCUCUGGACAGCUCCCAUCUCCUGUGUUUCUGGAAAUAACCUUAUCAUCG